GGCGAGCGGAGGCGACCGCCCCGGCGCGCGCAGCAGCAGCGGGUCAGACGGCGGCCAAUAGUCGGGGCUCGGCCCGCCCAGUCGCCUCCCACGGGAGCCUAUAAGUCGUCCGCGGCGCCGGCACCCGCGCUCCGCCGACCGCCUCACUCGGGCCCCUCCGCGCCGCUCGCACCUCGCGCGUUCGCGCCUCCCGCCCUCGCCAGUCCCGCGCGGACCGGCCGCGGUGCUCUCGCGAGAAGUGCGCCUCUGCGCCGCUGCGGGGCGGCGGGCUGACCGCGGGCGCCGGCCCUCGACGUGCGGAGGAUGAGGUGGUGCGCGGCGAUGCCUCGUCUGCUGCUGCUGGCGCUGGCCCUGCACCGCUGGAAUCCCUGCCUGGGAGCAGAGUCGGAGAGACCUUCGGGCAUCCCCACAGAUAAAUUAUUAGUCAUAACUGUAGCAACAAAAGAAAAUGAUGGAUUCCAUCGAUUUAUGCAGUCUGCCAAAUAUUUCAAUUAUACUGUGAAGGUUCUUGGUCAAGGAGAAGAGUGGAGAGGUGGUGAUGGAAUUAAUAGCAUUGGAGGGGGCCAAAAAGUGAGAUUAAUGAAAGAAGUCAUGGAACAUUACGCCAAUCAGGAUGAUUUGGUUAUCUUGUUUACUGAAUGUUUUGAUGUCAUAUUUGCUGGUGGUCCAGAAGAAACCCUAAAAAAGUUCCAGAAGACAAACCACAAAGUGGUGUUUGCAGGAGACGGACUUCUGUGGCCGGACAAAAGAUUAGCAGACAAGUAUCCCAUGGUGCAUAUUGGGAAACGCUACCUGAAUUCAGGAGGAUUUAUUGGUUAUGCUCCAUACAUCAAUCGUAUAGUUCAACAAUGGAAUCUCCAGGAUAAUGAUGAUGAUCAGCUCUUUUACACUAAAAUUUAUAUUGAUCCAGUGAAAAGGGAAGCUAUUAACAUCACAUUGGAUCACAAAUGCAAAAUUUUCCAGAUCUUAAAUGGAGCCAUAGAUGAAGUUGUUUUAAAAUUUGAAAAUGGCAAAGCAAGAGUUAAGAAUACAUUUUAUGAAACAUUACCAGUGGCAAUUAAUGGAAAUGGACCCACCAAGAUUCUCUUGAAUUAUUUUGGAAACUAUAUACCUAAUUCGUGGACCCAGGAUAAGGGCUGUACUCUUUGUGAAUCUGAUACAAUUGACCUGUCUGCAGUAGAUGUCCAUCCAAAUGUAACAAUAGGUGUUUUUAUCGAGCAACCAACCCCAUUUCUACCUCGGUUUCUGGAUCUACUGUUGACACUGGAUUAUCCAAAAGAAGCACUUAAACUUUUUAUUCAUAAUAAAGAAGUUUAUCAUGAAAAGGACAUCAAAGUGUUUUUUGAUAAAGCUAAACAUGAAAUCAGUACUAUAAAAAUAGUUGGACCAGAAGAAAAUCUAAGUCAAGCGGAGGCCAGGAACAUGGGAAUGGAUUUUUGUCGUCAGGAUGAGAAAUGUGAUUAUUACUUUAGUGUGGAUGCAGAUGUUGUUUUGACAAAUCCAAGGACUUUAAAACUUUUGAUUGAACAAAACAGAAAGAUCAUCGCUCCACUUGUAACUCGUCAUGGAAAACUAUGGUCUAACUUCUGGGGAGCAUUGAGUCCUGAUGGUUACUAUGCCCGAUCUGAAGAUUAUGUGGAUAUUGUUCAAGGGAACAGAAUAGGAGUAUGGAAUGUACCAUAUAUGGCUAAUGCGUACUUAAUUAAAGGAAAGACACUGCGAUCAGAGAUGAAUGAGAGAAACUAUUUUGUUCGCGAUAAACUGGAUCCUGAUAUGGCUCUUUGCCGAAAUGCUAGAGAAAUGACUUUACAAAGGGAAAAAGACUCCCCUACUCCGGAAACAUUCCAAAUGCUCAGCCCCCCAAAGGGUGUAUUUAUGUACAUUUCUAAUAGACAUGAAUUUGGAAGGCUGUUAUCAACUGCUAAUUACAAUACUUCCCAUUAUAACAAUGACCUCUGGCAGAUUUUUGAAAAUCCUGUGGACUGGAAGGAAAAGUACAUAAACCGUGAUUAUUCAAAGAUUUUCACUGACAGUAUAGUUGAGCAGCCUUGUCCCGAUGUCUUUUGGUUCCCCAUAUUUUCUGAAAAAGCCUGUGAUGAAUUGGUAGAAGAAAUGGAGCAUUAUGGCCAGUGGUCUGGGGGAAAACAUCAUGAUAGCCGUAUAUCUGGUGGUUAUGAAAAUGUCCCAACUGAUGAUAUCCACAUGAAGCAAAUUGGUCUGGAGAAUGUGUGGCUUCAUUUUAUCCGGGAAUUUAUUGCACCGGUUACACUGAAGGUCUUUGCAGGCUAUUACACAAAGGGAUUUGCACUACUAAAUUUUGUAGUGAAAUACUCCCCUGAUAGACAGCGUUCACUCCGCCCUCAUCAUGAUGCUUCUACCUUUACCAUUAACAUUGCCCUUAAUAACGUAGGAGAAGAUUUUCAGGGAGGCGGAUGCAAAUUUCUAAGGUACAAUUGCUCGAUUGAAUCGCCACGAAAAGGCUGGAGCUUCAUGCAUCCUGGGAGGCUCACACAUUUGCAUGAAGGACUUCCCGUUAAAAAUGGAACAAGAUACAUUGCAGUGUCCUUCAUAGAUCCCUAAGUUAUUUACUUUCCAUUGAAUUGGAUUUUCUUUUCAAUGGAUGACUGGCAUGAACAUGUUUCUGAAGUUGUGCUUGAAAAGAUGAGAAGAAUAUUUAAAUAACUUUAACAGAACAACUUCACUUCGGGCCAAACAUUUGAAAACUUUCUAUAAAAAAAUUGAUAUUUCUUAAUAUCUGCUCUGAGCCUUAAAACAUAGGUUGAAGAAGGAAAGAAAGAAAAAGUAAAAGAAAAUAUUUAUUUCUACGCUUUAUUUUCUGUGACAAUGAUGACAAUUUUAUGAAUUUGUUUCAAGUUGAUAAAAUAUUCAGGUACAAAUAUACAUGUGACAAAUAACACUAAUAAUAUUUUCUUAUUUAUGAAAGGCUGGGAAGAAUUUUUUUAUCAACAUGUACAGGAAAUGUAGACAAAAUGAACAUAAAUGAAAAUUACAAGUCUCAGAACCUUGAAAAUCUGAUUCUAACUGAAUUUGUAUGCAAUUGUACAUUUUUGACCACCUAUGCAGGUCUCAUUUACGGUAGUUAUUAAGGGAACAUAAAAUAUUAUACAAUGUUUUCCUGAAGAAAAUUAGGUCAGAACACAACCAGGAGCAUAUCCAGGUGAAAACAUUUGUGUGUAUAGUGUUAGACAGAUUAGUUUACAUCUGUGUUAGCAAUGAAACCCUGUGUUUCUUCGGAUGAGUCUUCCAAAGUGGACUGUGUUAAUUAGCUGUUGGAGUUAGGAAAGCCUUUCCACUUAAAGUAUAUCAGGCAAUGACUUAUUAACAGCAAGUGUCUUUAAGUCAAAACAGGUUUUAUUAUUUUGUUUCCUUUUGAAAAAAAAAAUUAUAGGACAUAGUGGAAAAAAAGAAAAUUUCAUUGAGAUUAGUAGUGCAUUUUAUGAUUUAGGAAAAAACUUUUUAAGCACUUGAAUUUUGUAUCAGGUCUGUAAAAUUGUUGAGCCUUGCUUCUUCCCUUUCUCCUCUUUUUCUUUCCUUAUUCUUUUUUUGAAGAAGGGUUUUUCACUUUUUACUCUUCCUGGAGUCAUCUCCUCUGUAUCCUUUCCAGUUAUCUUUUUUACCUUCCAUCUAGGCUACUUUUUAAAAAUUGCCCCCUCCCCAGUGUGUUCACUUGAUUUUUCACCAUUUCUCUGAGUAAAGUUUAAGUAUCCUUAUUGUAGCUACUGUUUUUAAUUUAAAGGUUAAACUUGAAAAGAAAUUCUUAAUCAUGUUGCCAAAAUUCAUUUUCUAACACCAUGUGUUAGAAUAUUAUGAAAAAUAAAAUAAUUUAAAAUAA